AUGUUCUGGCAUCUGUCAGACAUCUUGGAUUUCCAAGCAGUUCAAGACGAUGACUCCGGUUCCGACGGUGAUGGGCCGCAGCUGGAGCGCAUGGAUGUCGACCAAACAGAAUUGGACCCGGCUCUCCAGGACUUUGUGCCAAAGCUCAAAACUUACCUUCAUUGCCAGCUUCUAAGCUUGGAUGAUCCUGAUGCUCAAUUCAGCACCGAAGACCUCAUUAACGUUGUCAUCGAGAAGGAUUUGCUCUAUACGCACGCAACUAUGAAGGUGAACUACAUGACUUAUGAUGUUCGCAGAGAUCAAGAUAUGAUCAACACAAGGACCCGAAGAUUCUUCCUAGUUCAUGCGCAAGAUCUGGUGGACUCCCAUCGGUACUGGUAUGGCGAAAUCAUAGGCAUAUUCCACGCCUAUGUGUUAUUGGCGGAUCUUCCAGGAAAAGCAAAGCGGGUCGAAUUUCUGUGGGUGCGUUGGUUCCAGCGCGACAUGACACACCGUUGCGGCAUGAAAGCAAAGCAUUUUCCUCGCAUACGGUACAUGCCCCACGAGAGUGUGGACGCAUUUGGCUUCUUAAAUCCUCAAGAUGUUGUUCGAGGGGUGUCACCUUCUUCCCGCCUUUCACUCUGGACAGACUACGGAGUACCUUCCCAAAUCUGUGGCUCGUCGUAG